AUGGCCAGACUACUCACAAAUUCCAUCUUGUUUACUCUCUUAACUUUAGCAAUUCUGUCAUUCAACAAUCUGAAAUACACCCUUUUUCUUGCAAUCCCAUUUCUUGCGUUACGUAAUCAUUAUCUCCAGUUCAGGAGAUCAAAGGGUGAAGAAUUCCCACCAGGGCCAUUUUCCAUUCCAAUCUUUGGAAACUGGCUGCAAGUUGGGAAUGACUUGAACCACAGAAUCCUUUCCAAGAUGUCUCAAACAUAUGGUCCCGUGUUUUUACUCAAACUCGGGUCGAAAAACUUGGUUGUGGUAUCUAAUCCAGAGCUAGCAACACAAGUUUUGCACUCACAAGGAGUGGAAUUUGGCUCCCGCCCGCGUAAUGUCGUGUUUGAUAUCUUCACAGGAAACGGACAAGACAUGGUUUUCACAAUCUAUGGCGAGCAUUGGCGGAAAAUGAGGCGUAUAAUGACGCUUCCAUUUUUCACCAACAAGGUUGUUCAUCAGUACAGUGACAUGUGGGAAGAUGAAAUGGAUUUAGUCCUUCAUGAUUUGAGAAAUGACGAAAAGGUGCAAACAGAAGGGAUUGUUAUUAGGAAAAGGUUGCAGUUGAUGCUCUAUAACAUCCUUUACAGAAUGAUGUUUGAUGCGAAAUUCGAGUCACUGAGUGAUCCAAUGUUUAUUCAAGCUUCCCAGUUCAAUUCCGAAAGAAGCCGCUUGGCACAGAGUUUUGAGUACAAUUAUGGAGAAUAUAUUCCUUUGCUUAGGCCAUUCUUGAGAGGGUAUCUGAACAGAUGCAGGGAUUUGCAGAGAAAAAGAUUGGCAUUCUUCAACAAUCAUUAUGUUGAGGAAAGAAGGAAAAUAAUGGCAGAAAAUGGAGAAAAACACAAGAUAACAUGCGCCAUUGAUCACAUAAUUGAUGCUGAAAAGAAAGGAGAGAUCAGUGCUGAAAAUGUUCUGUACAUUGUUGAAAACAUCAACGCUCCUUCAGGGUUGGACAAGGUUGAUGUGAGCGAAAAAGGAGGACAAUUCAGCUUGCACAUUGCAAAACAUUCCACUGUUGUUUUUAAGCCAAUUAAGGCAUAG